UGGGGGGGUAUGGCCAGAAUAUGUGCGUGUGUGUGUCCGCGUGUAAGUAAGACAGCCGCCAGCAAUGUUGGCCAAGAAGAGCGACCAGAUCCGGUCACGCACUAUCGAACGAGUCGAGGGCUCGCUUGCACGAGUUUGGGGGCAAAUCACAUUCUGCGCCGACCUUCAUUCGCUCACCUUCAUUCGCUGAUGCAAUGCAAUGCUUAAUAUCCGGGCCUCAACGACGUCGCGCGGGCGAUGGGCUUGGAGAUGGUUAGCGGCUUGGGAGCAGAGGUCACCCCCCACGGCCGACCAGUGAAGAAGAGCCAGGGCCAUGAGCUAUCUGGUGAGGACGCUUGGGUCGGCAGCUGUCGGAUCCGGGCGGGAGAUGCAGAGGAUGAAGGGUGUUCCGAAAUAGGAGGACUCAUGAUGAAUGCACCGAGUGUCAUUCAACACCCACAAGUGACAUUCAACACCGCCACAAUGCUACUGUUGGAAACGCGGAAUGAAGGAUCUCGCAGGCGCUUAGGGCUGAACUCAGGGCGACCACAUUGUCGGGUUUCAAGAGACAGAAGGGUCGACCAACAUGCGAAGCGGGCUGGGCUGUUGGGCGCUGAGGGAGGGCACGAUGAGGGCAUUUGGCGGAGGAAGAAGAGGAGAAAGAAGCGUCAUGGUGGCAGCCAGGGACAAGGGUGGCGGCGGCAGGUGGAUAAAAAAAGAACACUGACUGCAAUGCGGUCUGCAAGAAUCAUGGAGCGGAGUGGAGUGGAGGCGGGAAGACAGGGAAGAGAAGAAAAGACAGGGAAUACGGAAAAGACAGGGUGAUACAGAAAAG